GCCAACUAAACCCGCCUCAGGGAGCCGAAGAAUGGAGAACAACAUGUGACCAAUUCGUCCACCACUGUCGACAGGAUGCUUCGUCUCCACCAGACCUUUGCGCUCUGCUUCUGGUGUCUUUUGCUACUUCACUGGCAGGCUCUGGCUGAUGAAGAGGCUCUCUGGGGACCAACGCCACCAAGAGAAAACCCACCUGAAAAUAAGCAGACCUCAUACUGGUGGACUCCAUCUCUGCCAAAGCUCCCAUCCAUUCCCUCACUGCCAUUCCAUAUCCCCUUUUAUUCUUCAGACAGUAACGACAAGGCUCCUGCAUUGACCACAACCACCGAGGGACUGAUAGAACCAAUCGAUCACUUGCAAGACAACUUGGGGGAAGGGAGCAGUUUUGAAGCCUCUGAACCACCCACCAUUUUGACUCAGGGGCUCCUAACCAGUGUAACAAAGAUAAGGACAGAACCACUUCCCACGGGGACAUCAGAUUCUCCACACAGCAGCAUAGCACAGAGCGACAAUGAUACUCUUGUUUCAGACUCCUACUCUCCCACAAGCAGUUCUAUCAGAAACACUGUGCUCACCAAAAGUCCCACCAGCAAAAGCACUCCUGAACAAAAUGCAACACAUACCCACUCAACACAGGGCUCUACACAAGCAGCCGGACCCACCAUGGGUGCUACUUCACAACCCCUCCCCGAGGAACACACUGAUAAAGAGGAAGCUGAAGAUUUUUCAGAAAUGAUCUCUUCAACAACAGCACCAGAAACUACAGUCCCCACUGCCUUAACAUGGGAAGUGGCUGAAACCACAACACCAAACCCAGGACUGGUGGAGACCACACUGACCAGACACCCUUUAGGACCUGUUACUCCCAUGUCCACACAAACUACAUUUGUCACACUACCACAAGACUCCACUGUUAGUUUGAGUACUGAAGAGGCCACAAUGGUAACAACAAACCCCACUCAAAGUGAGACUGACUGGGGCUUCUCUGAGUCCAGGUCGGGGUCCGUGGAGGAACAGAUGGGGGUAAUCACCACUACCACAGAGAUGGAUCACAAACUACUACUGGUAUCCAUAACAACCACACCCCAGAGCCAAGAGGUUAACUUCCCAAUAAUAGAAGAGCUGCCAACUAAAGAGGAUAAGGAGGAUGAGGAUGAGGUUGAGGAAGGUGUGGUUCCUACAGCUACAGACGGGGAUGGUGACACGAAGUUGGCAGGCAUUUCCACGCCGUACGCUAAGCUGCUAACAACAUCACUGCCACAGAACACAGGCGUUACUCCAGAGCCCCAACAUACUCCUUUGUACACUGAAGACUGGAUGUCAGACCUGAUGGACAGCAAUGCUACCUUCCUUCCAGACUGCAAUAAAGAACGUUCUGGGAUCUGCAAUCUCUCUGACACCUGGGAUGCCACAACCUCCUCAAACAUCAAGCCCACACAAAACACCACCACCACAAACCACUCGAGCAACCCCUUUCUAAUCCCAGCUCCACCCAUGUUGGUGCCCUUGUACACUGACUGGAACAGCGCCAUGGCAGCCUGGGGCCUGGCCUGGGAGGCUCAUAUUUAUGGCGCCGGUUGCGUAUUUGCAAUGCUGACACUGGCCUCAGCGCUCAACCUGCUCUGCCUGCCACUGCGAUGUCCAUCUGGUUGUGGGUACUUUGCUUUGGUUAGCCUGUUUCUACUAGCUGCUGGUAGUACCAGAUCUUUCUUGCUCCUGUACGAUGCCUACGGUCACCAGGACCGCUUACCCUCCACUGAGGCUUCACUCAUGCUCUAUGAGGCACCGUUCCCCUGCCUGACUGCAGCUUUUGGCUUGGUUUUCCUUCUCCUUUCCAUGCGCUCAAGAAUGCAGCUCUCCUACUCAGCCUUCCAGAGACCCUGUUUCCUGGCCUGCCUGGUUGCCCUGCACUUUACUGCUGCAUUCGGACCGGUGACAUUACUGAAAUUCUACGAGCAAAAGCCUCCCCUUUGCCUCUUUCUUUCACUCAUCUCCCGUGGAGCCUUUGUAGUUCUGGCAACAUUUCUGUCUGCUGCCUAUUUUGUGUUCUACAUCUACGUGCGGGCAGACUCGAAGCACAUCUACCACCUGAAUAACACAUCUCCAACACCUACUGAGAGAUACAACCGCUGUCCCUUUGCUGAAAGCCGGGACUGGAACCGUGCAGCUGUAACCGUUUGUCUUUCAGCACUGUUUUGUUUAGCGUGUGCUGGACUGCAGUUAUAUGCAAUACUCAAUGCAAUGGGUGUUGCUGGAGGAGAGGAGGUCUUCCACCCUUGGCCCUGGUGGGCUUUUCAGUUUAGUUGCAGACUGUGUGAGUUAGGGGUUUGUCUCACCUUAGCCUUGGUGGUGGCGCAACCUGUCUACUGUUCUGACCACCUCCCAGCUGCCGGAAGCUGCUGGACUGAACUGUUGGCAUCCAAAUCACCCAUCCUACCUGGGAGCUACCAGUGGACCCUGAGCCAGCAGGAAAAGCUUGCCAUUGUUGAUACAGUUGGGCUUGGAGAGACAGAGAGCCUUCCUCUUUACACUCUGAUGGAUGAGAGGCUUGGUCGCAGCCUCAAUGGACUGGAUCUCCUGUACCACAGCAACCGGGCCUUGGCCUACAGAGACCUGGACUUGGAUUUCGACAUGCAGGGUUCAGAAAAACCUGAGGAUGGAGGAGGCGGAGAGCCAUCAGGUGGAUCCUCCUUUACCAGUGACUCCACUACAGACCUGCGGCCACCUUCACCAAUCAACCUGCGUCGCAGCAUUGAUGAGGCACUCUUCAGUGAGGCCCUCUUUCCCAUGAGCCUCUUCAGCUCUACCAGGCCUCUUCGCUGCAGUGAUCUAUCCAUAAACAACCACUGUGAGCUUCCCAGCAAUGGCCUCUGUGAUCCUCUCUCAGCUGACCCUGGCCUUUAUCGGACCUCUUCCUGUAUAGAGAUGGCCCCUAACCCCCAGCCCUCUUGUGCUACAUCUCAAGGAGAAACUGUUGUAGGCGCUCCACCAUCUCCCUCCCUGUCCUCCUCCUCCUCCUCCAGCUGUUCAUCUCCUGAACGUUGGAGGGGCAGUUCUUCCUCUUGUUCCCUUUAUCGAGCCUCUCUCGGGGGCUCCUCACUGGUCCUCUGCCCGAGCCCAGAGAGAAAUGCUCGGCAGCUUCUACAGGAAAUGGGCUCAGGCCAAGUGGUGUCCUCUGGCCAUCAGGGUUCUUCUGACCCACAGAGACACUAUCAUACACUGGGUGCGGCAUCACAGGAGAGCCUGGACCUCGACAUGUCAUCUGACGCUGAUCGAUCAGUGCAAGAAGAGUUCAUCAGUGCUUGCAGACAAAUUGAUGCUUUGAGCAUUUGCAGCGAAACUAUUGAUUUAUAAAACGACAGUCUGGUCUCAUAAGGGUUAUAUUGAGGACUUAAGAAGGGUGCCUAUUUUGUGCAGCAGGUUGACUGUCAAGAUUUAUACAGCCUAGUGCAUGGUAGCUUUUACAUACAUGAUACAAUACCUAUAGCUGCCAAAAUAACUUUUUUUUUUUUGGAGGUAUGAAGAGCUUUCUUAUGUGGUCUUCAGUGAAUGUCUAUGAGGGUCUAAGUGCCAAGAAUGUCAAGAGCCAAAAGGUAAUUUGUAACUUUUACAUGUUUGAUAAAGGCUGGUGAAGUUUGAUACAGUCAAAAGAAGAAGAGUAACAUUUUACUGAAUGGAGGUAUAACAUGAAUUUAUUUGUACAAAUGUUUUUAUUGCAUUCCAACAUUCCAAUACAGUACUGUGACUGAAUUAAGCACUUAUUAAAUACUACUGAAGUCACACACUUUCAAAUCUAGCAA